AUGAGAAAAUUUGAAGAGAACCAGGUUUUUCCUACUUCAUUACAACACCAUGCGAAGCUUGGGACGCUCAUGAGUAUCAUGAGGAAUGGCGGCUUAGAAGAAGAAAAGAAAUCUGCAGAAAGGAUGUUGAAUCAAUUUAAGAGAAUUGAGAAAAGACCAUUAUACACUGAACCAGCAACUGAUGAAGAAGAAUUUGAGGUAUGGAUAAAUUUAUACAAUGGAAGAAAUUAUGUUCUUUUAACCUUCCAAUAUAACAAAAAUCCAAGAGAUGAAACAAUCGAAAGAACUAUUGAUGGUUGGGAAGUUAAACUAUUGAAGUGGCAACAACAUACCCUUAAACAAUUAAUUAACGGAGUUCAGUAUCCAUCAAAGCAAAGUAUCUAUAACAUACUUUGUGCUUCAUCAAUCUUUUACUUUCGACAAGAAAAUGGGCCAACAUACACUGGUUUUCUAACGAUAAAUGAAAUCGCUGAUAUUCGAUCACAUGUCUUAUCAAAAUUCGAAAUAAUAGAAAUUCCAGAUAGAGUUAAGGAGUAUGUAAAAGAAAACAAGAAGGAUUAUCAACAAUGUAGUCUGGAGGAAAUUGAGAGAUUUCUUAAACGUGAUGCUGGGAAACGAGCUGAUGAAAAACUAUUGGAAGAAUGUGUGUUAUGGGAUCCCUUAGUAAAUUUGGAUGAAUUAGGAAAAUUCGUGGUAGAUUAUAUCGCACCACUCUUUAAUAUUCAUUUUAUUUUAUUAUCUGAAUUACGCCGAGGUGAUGGUCGAAAACCCGAUUACAAACUAAUUAAUCGAAAUGGAACUCGUACGGCUGUAUUUGGUGAAGUGACUGGUCCGAAACGUCAAAAUGACUUACGUAAAGUCAACUGGGACAUUUAUCGUGGUGUCACUCAUGCAAAAGAUGACAUUGAUUAUGAUAUCAACCAACGAAAGUUAUUGGAUCAAGAAGAAAGUUAUGAUGUUAUUAUUAAAAUUGGAGAGGGAAAUAAUUCACGGGAGUUUAAAGUUCAUUCGUUGAUAUUGAAGGCAAGAUGUACUUAUUUUCAAAGUGCACUUUCAAAUAAUUGGGCUCGUAAAGGAGAAGGUGGAAUAAUUAAUUUUAAUAAACCAAACAUUUCUCCUAAUGCUUUUGAAUUUUUACUCAAAUAUUUCUAUACGGCCAAAAUUGAUUUAUCGAAACACGAAAUCACAGAUAUUUUACAAAUAUUAGUUGCAGCGGAUGAAUUAAAUUUACAAAGCUUAAUGAUUCAUGUUGAACAAUAUUUAUUGGAGAAUCAAAGUGAUUUAUUAAGAAAAGAUCCAAUUAAAGAAGAACAAUUAUCCAAUUGGAGCUUAGAAAAUAUUUCUGGUUUAAGAGAAUUAAUGCAAGAUUUCAUUCCUUUAAUUAGAUGGUUUCACAUUAAUUCAAGUGAAUUCAGGAGAAAAAUCAUGCCAUUUAAAAAAAUCAUACCGAAAGACUUGUAUCAAGAAAUUUUAUGUCAUCAUCUAGAUCCGACAUAUGAAUUAAAUAUUCAUGUAUUGCCUCCAAGAAUUUCACGGAUAAUUGAUGAAUUAGAUUCAGUCUUGAUCGAAAAAAAACAUGUUACUAUUUUUUCAAAUGGUUUUGAAGCUGGAACUUUUCAUCGAUUGUGCGAUAAUAAAGGAUCGACUAUAACUGUUGCAAAAAUUCGUUCACGAGGUCAACUAGUCGGUGGGUAUAAUCCUUUAGAUUGGAAACCUCAAUUAAAUUCAACGAGUGACAGUAUUUGGUAUCCCACCUUUGAUAGUUUUUUAUUUUCUUUUCCAUCAUUUCCGUUAUCUACUGAUGAUUCCAUUCCAAAGAUCCCCAAAAUAGCUAGGGUUGGAAGUAUCGGUAAUGUUUCAGAGUACGCUAUUGGAUAUAAUGUUGAUUACGGUCCAUCUUUUGGUGGUGGUUGGGAUUUAUCUAUACAAAAUAAUAAUUUGAUUUAUAGUUAUGGUCCUUAUUCUUAUCCUGAUUGUGGUGCUUUUGUAACUAGAAAUCACUAUCUUGAAUUAGAAGAGUAUGAAGUGUUUCAAAUAAUCGCAUUAAAAAAAGAAUCUUUUAAUUAA